AGAAGAUGAGCCUCUGCUGACGCUUUAAUUCAAUUUCUUAACAAAUUCCACCGCCAGAAAUGGCUUCUCUACUAUCUCCAACCGCUGCUACAGUUCAGUUAGAUCCUAAAUUUCUCUUCUUGGCCACUUCAAAACCCCAUUAUAAUCUACCUUCUCUCUGCAAACCUUUAAAAGAUAACCCAACAAGAUGCAACGCAUUAUUCGGCAGCGUCCCAGAUGAUUUACUAACCAAUCUUAAUCUCCAUAAAUUCCCCGCCAUUCAAUCUGGGUUAGUGCAGUUUCAGAGUGUUUCAGAGGAAUUAUCAGAUUUCCAAAAAUGGGGAUUUCUAACAUUUGCUGGGUUGACGUGGAUUUACUUAACGGCAAGGCCUGGUGUUUUAGUGGGCGCCAUUGAUGCCUACCUUCUGGCUCCUUUGCAACUGGGUUUGGCUAGCUUGAGUGGGCGCCGGAAUUUGAAGAGUAGUGAUUUUGUGUUUGGGAGUAAAUUAGGAGAAGGGUCUUUUGGUGUUGUGUAUUCUGGUUUAUUUGCUCCCAACAGUGUUGCCGGAGAAGAAAGGGAGCAGUAUAGUGGGAGAGGUAAAGGAAAAAAAGUUGAUGAAAGAUUUAAACAGAAGGUUAUUCUCAAAAAGGUAAAAGUUGGAAUAGAAGGGGCUAAAGAAUUUGGUGAAGUUGAAGAAUGGUUUAAUUACAGAAUGUCAAGAGCUGCCCCUGAAACUUGUGCCAAGUUCCUUGGAAGUUUUGUUGCUGACAGAGGUGCCAAAUGUCUUGUUUGGAAAUUUGAGGGAGAUAGGGAUCUUGCUGAUUAUUUGAAAGAUCGGAACUUUCCAUUUAACUUGGAAUCCGUAAUGUUUGGUCGUGUUCUUGAAGGCGUAGAUUCUAUUGAACGAAAUGCAUUAAUCAUCAAGCAAAUACUGCGCCAAAUUAUUACUUCUUUGAAAAAGAUGCACGACACCGGAAUUGUUCACCGGGAUGUAAAGCCGGCCAACUUAGUGGUGACCAAGAAGGGGCAGAUUAAGCUCAUUGAUUUUGGCGCAGCUGCUGAUCUUCGAAUUGGCAAGAACUAUGUACCAAAUCGUACUCUGCUUGAUCCUGAUUACUGUCCGCCUGAACUAUAUGUGCUUCCGGAGGAGACACCGGUUCCUCCACCUGAGCCGAUUGCCGCCUUACUUUCUCCGAUUUUAUGGCAGUUGAACUGUCCUGAUCUAUUUGAUAUGUAUUCUGCUGGGAUUGUACUCUUACAAAUGGCGAUACCAAGCUUACGGUCUACUUCUGGCUUAAAGAAUUUCAAUGCAGAAAUAAAGAUAGCACAAUAUGACUUGAACAGUUGGAGGAAGAAAAACAGCCGAUUAAGGCCCGACUUCACGAUUCUUGAUCUCGAUUCAGGUAGAGGGUGGGAUUUAGCUACGAAAUUGAUAUCGGAUAGAGGUGGCCUUUUUAGUGGUCGGUUAUCGGCUGCCGCUGCUCUGAGGCAUCCUUAUUUCUUGCUGGGUGGCGACCAGGCGGCUGCAGUGCUUUCAAAGUUGAGCUUGACCAAAUAGUAACUAAACCUUUAUCUGGUUAUGUAAGCAUUCCUUCCUGGAUAUAUAGUUAUCAAUUCGGUUUUUUAUUUUUUUUUCCUUAGCAUUGGUAAUUCUUACAGGACGAUGUGGCUGUAUCAGCUCACAUUGCUGCUAGUCAAAUGGAGAUAUACUUCAUUUAUUUAUAUACUUAUAUACACACUCCAUUGAAAUGAAUAAUAGUUCCGAAAAGAUUAGGUACAAGUUAUUAAAUUAUUAUCGUAAUAAAACUCGAGGACUAUUUUUUUUUUCAUUUUCUUCUAUGAUUGUUCAAUUACUUUUACAGUUCAUCAUUGUAAAGAAAUGUCUCCAAGGCAUUUCUCUUCUUGCAGCCCCAUUUGCAUCUCAUAGAACACCUGGAAUUGAAGAUUGCUAGUCGUGUGGAAUGAAGGGAAACGAUGUUUGAAGUUGAAGGAGAUUUUGAUAGAACAAUUGCAUAUCCGUCAUCCAUGUAAUCCGUUCCAUCAGGGAACAAUUGCCACAGGAGGCUUCCAGCCCCGCCACCACCUUUCUUUGUAGAGUUGAGAAGGGUCUUGUACACUGUGCUGAUCAAGGCGUCACGGAACGAUGAAUUGUAACCAGAGUCUUUCGUAGACACGCCAAAUUCAGCAAAUAUGACAGGUAUUCCUAGAUAUUUCUCAGCAUCCUCUAUGUGUGCAUCCAUCCAUGACUUUGUAAAUUGAAUAUGAGUAUCCGAAAUUGUUUGCGAAA